AUGACGAGCACUUACUCAGACCAACCAAGGUAUCGGGACGACCCUUCGGCAAACGAGAAGGAUAUCUUAGUUGCUGAAUAUAAUAUUGCCGCUUUGGAAGAUGCACAAGCAUCUCCCGCCCACAAAAGGCGCUGUGGUUUCAUGAAAGGAGGAUGGGCCGGCUUUAGAGACAGCUCUCGGUCUAUCUGGACUAGAAUCUCGCUUGCACUCUUCAAAGUUGUCUUGUUUGCUGGGCUGGUUGGCUUCUUCUACAAGGGCACUUUUCACGGAUUUAAGAAGCAGUGUGCACACUCCAAGCAGAACAACAACCAGGUAUCUGUAAAUAGCUGGCAUGACCAUGGACCUUCUGAGAAACGGGACAUCUCUGUCAAUACAACUACCAACUCCAUUGUCGGCAAAUUUCCGCUCUAUGACAGCCUCAACUUAACCACCGUCACUGGUAGCAUUGCUGUCGUCAUCGACCCUCAGCCUGCACACCCAGAACAACCAGAAAAGCCAGCACGUGUGUCCAUCAAGACCGAGUCAGGAAGCAUUUCUGUUGCAUUCAGGUUGCCUGGUGUACAACCUGCCCUUAACGAUGCUGCCAGCUUCACACAACUCCAAAGCCUUUAUUACUCGGACAAACCAAGUGUACGCAGCAACGACAAUAAAAACAACAACCUGCACGCAUUCCUCACCCCUCGUUCCUACGAAGUAGAAAUCCAUACUUCCUCUGGUAGCAUCUCGGGCCAAAUCGCUUUCUCAAAUCUACUCAAGCUCUCCACUGUCUCCGGCUCCAUCAGCGCUAACCUCAUUCCCCUUGUCUUCCUGCCCGAUGAAGACGAAGAGCCCCCUCGCGAUCCCCGUGAUCCCUGGAACCCUCCGGGCGAUGGCCGUGACGAUGUGGUUCCCGCACAUCGCGCCAACAUUUCCAUCAUAACCUCCACUGAGACAGGAAGCACUCACCUCUCGCUUUCCGAGCCCUUCUUCCCCACACCUCCAGAACAGUCUACCAAGAAAGCAGGCCAGCCGCAAAAGGGCAAGCAUAUCCCCAGAUCCAUCACCGCACACCACAUCGCGCGGGGCUCCGGCUCUUUGGCCGUUGUUUACCCACCAUCCUGGUCUGGGCGCGUCCAUGGAGCUAGUUCCGGAAAGGGUCAUGUCCAUCUUGGCGGUGAGGGCUUGCUGGUUCGCUCUGGCAAUCAGACGGUCGCUGACGGUGUGAGAUAUCCGGAACCCGAGGACGAGUGGGACGCUCCGUGGUGGGGCGCGUCUGGCAUUAUGAACGUUACCAUCACAAGUAACGGCGGUACAGUGGACUUUUUCGCUCGGGGGGAUAGGCGGGGUGAAUGAGUGAACUUGAGAAAGUAUUGGGUUGGAAGGGCGGGGAGAUUCUGAAAGGAUUGACUGAACAUGGAGAGCUAAUCUGCCCACGCCGGUGGGAUGUGAUGGGAUAAAGUAAUCUAGUGAGAAUAGUAUAUGCACCACUGUUGGCAGCUAAGAUCAAGCCGAUCACAUUUUUCUUUCCAUUUCAGUUUGGAUUUACUCUAUGUGUUCAAAUAUUCAUUCAGUCUUUUCGAUUUUGGAUAUCGUCAGAUUUUCCUCUCAUUUUCCUCGUUUCCCUUCGACUUCCAAACUUUUUGUGGUGGAAUAAUUAGGUGUGUGAUGGUGAUGAAAAAGCCGAAGUCACUUAGGAUAGAUAAAUAAAAGUCUCCCCCCGAAAAUGGGAAAUAGCAUGUG